CGACAGUGACAGUUGCGUUUCGUUCGCUACGGAGCGUUACGAGUGGCAUGUUGGUUACGCGGGCUGCUAUGGAGGUGUGCGUAAUGCGCAGGCGCGAAGGUUUUGCGUACGUCUUAAAGCCCGCUUUACUUUACACGUUGCCUGUGGGUUUGGGCUUCUCCCUGCAAUUGUUAGGGUUGGCACAACUUGACGUUCCUUGGCGUGCACAAUCACAGAUAAGAAAAUUAGAUGAAUUUUGAUAACCCUAAAUAGCCGAAAGGGAUAGUUUAGAAAUUAUUUAAAACAUCACGAUUCGGCCCUGAAUCGCUGUCAAACUUUGGUUUUGUAGGAAGUUUCCUUUCUGUACGGUAUUACUAUUACUUAUUCUGUGACUCUAUAUAGAUUUUUUGAAGAAUGCUUUGCCAAUCUUAUACAGUCAAGGAAUUAGAGCAACCGCACACCGGCGUCUUUGCGAGCGACUCAAAAGCGGCGACUUAUGAGCGUCGGCGCUUAGUCAGCGCCAAAUGGCCGUUCUAUAUCAAUCAAUUUUUCGUGUUAUGGCUCCAUCAAGGUGUUGAUGAUUCUGCCAAUGUCGAGGUUGGGUAAGACACGGCUAGUAUAUUAAUCUUAUCAUAUUACGGUCAUAGACAGUGUUCGGUGGAGUAUCCGAUCUGCAAAGAAAUACAAAUUACCACUAACUAAUAGACUACAUACAACUUAUACAACUAUUAAACAAUAUGAACACUACACUAUGUACAGAACAAACUACACGGCACAGACAUAGGAAUAUGUACACAAUACCUUAAUGUAGGGGCAAUAAGGUCGUGUAUAUACAUUUUUGGCACUUUGUCCGUGUCGAUAUUUAAUACUUUGUAGGCUAUCGCCAGUCCAAAAAUAAAAACUAUUAAGCGGUAUUACGGCUAGCUCAAAUAGCUUGCCAAUAUCAAAGAUGACAUUUGUGACAGUUGAGGGUUGACACAUAGUUGACACUCAUCACAUUGUUGACCGCUCAAGGUUACGCGGCAGCGUUUGAUUUUGAUCUAAAUAAUCCUUCCUUAUCUAUAUUUACACAUUGUUGUUUUAUCAUUCUGAUGUAACAGUAAUAAUCUUUCUAUCGCAUACCCAUUCAGAAACCAAUAAUACGUCUUAAGUAUUACGUAUAGGUUGUAUUUUGUUAUCAUUACAGUGUGCACCGGCGUGUAACUUUAAAAAAUGGUUAAAGCUGUGGCAGUGUUGACCAUCAGUGACACUUGCUUUAAAGACAACUCCAAGGACACAUCCGGGCCUGCUCUAGCUGCUUCUGUAAAAGAAUUAUUCCCCAAGGCAAACUUGCAUACAAUUAUCAUCCCAGAUGAACGGGAGAUUAUCGAAAAAGAGCUUAAGUACUUCUGUGAUGAAGCUCACGUAAACCUAAUUUUAACAACAGGAGGGACUGGGUUUAGCUCUCGAGAUGUGACUCCUGAGGCCUCUAAGGCUGUGAUCCAUAGAGAUGCACCGGCUAUUACAGCUGCUAUAACUCAGGCGAGUCUAGAGAAGACUCCAAUGGCAAUGCUCUCAAGAGCAGUGGCUGGGAUAAGAGGCAGAACUUUAAUCAUUAAUUUUCCAGGUAGCAAAAAGGCUGUUACUGAAUGUUUUGCAGUUGUAAAGCCUGUUUUAACCCAUGCUUUAGCUCUGAUCAAUGAUGAGUUACAAGAAGUGAGAACUAUACAUGACUCUAUGCAGUUCAACUCCUGUUCUCAUGGGCAUAAAACUAGUAAUGUGGUAUUGGGUAAAGUAGCAUUUAGAGCCCGGGAAUCCCCGUUCCCAAUGAUAGAAAUGAAGGAGGCGUUCCAAACUGUGGAUAAUGUGAUGCGGGAGUGGGUUCAUGUUUUGGAGAUAGUUCCAAUUGAGAAGGCUCUGGGCAGAGUGGUAGCUGAAUCUUUGUGUACUAAGGAACCUAUGCCACCAUUCCCUGCCUCAGUUAAAGAUGGUUACGCAGUUCUAAGCUGCGACGGGGCCGGCGUUCGCACGGUGCGCGCGGCGCUGACGGCAGGCGAGGCACCGACGGCACCUUUAGCCCCCGGACAGUGCGCGCGCGUUAACACAGGCGCGGCGUUGCCCGCCGGAGCGGAUGCUGUCGUACAGGUGGAAGACACUAAAUUAGUGUCAGCAUCAGAAGACGGUGAUACAGAGUUAGAAGUGGAAAUCAUGGUGGCGCCGACGGCGGGCCAGGACGUGCGGCCCAUCGGCUUCGACAUACCCAUGGGAGCUGAACUGGUCAAGAAAGGAUCUGUUCUGGAUGCGGGGCACAUUGGGAUCCUGGCAGGAGCCGGUCACCUGAAUAUUACUGUCAAAGGACACCCAAAAGUAGCGCUACUUUCGACGGGCAAUGAACUACAGGAACCCUCUGAGGCGAAACUGAAACCCGCGCACAUCAGAGACUCCAACCGAACUAUGCUUAGAGUUCUACUCAGGGAACACGGUUAUGAUACCAUAGACUGCGGCAUCGCGAAGGACGAGCCGGCGCAGUUAGCAACCACGCUGGCGGGCGCUAUGGCUCGCGCUGACGUCAUUGUGUGCUCGGGCGGCGUCUCCAUGGGCGAGAGGGACUUACUCAAGCCGGUGCUCCUCAAGGACUUCGGCGCGACGCUGCACUUCGGGCGCGUGCGCAUGAAGCCGGGCAAGCCCAGCACCUUCGCCACCUGCCAGUUCAACGGACGCACCAAGUACAUCUUCGCGCUGCCCGGUAACCCAGUGUCAGCGUAUGUGUGCUGCCUGCUGUUCGUAAUUCGAGCCCUCAAGGUGUGCAGCGGCCGCAACCCCGAGUGGCCACGACUGCGCGUGCGCCUGUCGCACGCCGCCCAGCUGGACCCGCGGCCCGAGUACGCGCGCGCCGCGCUCGCCUACCCCGCCGACAGCGACAUACCCACCGCCACGCUGCUCGGCAGCCAGUGCAGCAGCCGACUGCUGAGCGCGUGCGGCGCGGGCGUGCUGCUGGCGCUGCCGGGCGCGUCGGCCGCCGCGCGCCAGCUGCCCGCCGGCACCGCGCUGCCCGCGCUCGUCAUCGGCCGCCUCGACCUGCCUUAGGGGCUCUAUACAUUAUACAAUUUUGCCUCGAUUUGUCGUGUGCCUCGCCGUUCGACAUUUUUUUUAGUACGACUAUGGUAGACGCGGCCUAGCAACAUGACGCGAUGAGCAUAUGGAGCAAUUGUUUAGAUAAUUACUUGCACAUUAACCUAUUGACCGCCGUAGUCUGAUAUAUAAAACAUACAAUAUCCAGCUCAUUUCGCAGCAGUCUAACAAAUAAAACAAAACUUGGUACCGACGGCGACACGAGCACACUCGAUGAAAAAUUCUAAGCGGUUUUAAAGUAGGACAUUACUUUAUUAAAUAAAAAGCUUUUAUUUCAGGCAGUCAAUACCCAUAGUGCACAAAAGUGAAUUAAAAUUUUAAUAAAAGUUAGUAGUAGUAUUUACGUAUAUUAUAGUAAUUAUCUAAACAAUAGCGCCAUGCUGUAUGCAAUGCAUGCAAACUACAUAAAACUAAGUACUUGUUGCUUCUAGAGCUUCCGUAGUAGUUAAUUUAGAAUUUAGUAAGAAUGAACUGAUUAAUGCUAUGAAAGAGAGGUUGUGACAUAAUCUUGUUAAAACUGGUAUACUUCAAGUAACUCCACUUUAUUUUGGAUCUGAAUUGGUUGUGUUGAAAGGUCGUUUUAAGUAUAAAAUAUUAGCUAAGAGGCAGUACACCAGUUAUAGAUGUAUAUUGUGUUAAGUGUAUGUACUUACGGUGCAUUUGAUAAGUAAAACUAUCUAUUUUAUUUACGCGUAAAAAUAUUUUAGAAACAUUAUUUUUGUGCCCAAUAUAUGUAUAAAAAUAUUUAGUUUAAUAAACAAUUUUGUUAACUGUAAAGAACUCUCAAGUUUGUAGAGAAGCCUGAAGGUAAUAAAACACACUAAUGUACAAACAU